AAACCCGUCACCGUCGUCCAGUCCAUCGGCACCGAGAUCAUCGGCAACCUACGGCCCGACUACCGGGAUCGCAUCCGGGUGCUGGAGAACGGCUCCCUCCUCAUCAGCCCCUUGCAGUUGUCCGAUGAAGGGGCUUACGAGGUGGAGGUGUCCAUCACCGACGACACCUUCACUGGCGAGAAGACCAUCAACCUCACCGUGGACAUCCCCAUCUCGAAGCCUCAAGUGCUGGUGGCCUCCUCAACGGUGCUGGAGCUCAGUGAGUUCUUCACCCUCAACUGCUCCCACGAGAACGGCACCAAGCCCACCUACACCUGGCUGAAGGAUGGGCGGCCGCUGAGCAACGACUCCCGCCUGCUCCUCUCCCCUGACCAGAAGAUCCUCACCAUCACCCGUGUCCUCAUGGCCGAUGACGAUGUCUACAGCUGCCUGGUGGAGAACCCCAUCAGCCACGGCCGCAGCGUCCCUGUGAAGAUCACUGUCUACCGCCGGAGCUCCCUCUACAUCAUCCUCUCCACGGGUGGCAUCUUCCUCCUCGUCACCCUGGUGACUGUUUGCGCCUGCUGGAAGCCCUCCAAGAAGGAGAAGCGACAAGCGGAGACACAACCAGCUUCCGAAUACACAGAGCAGGACGAGGAGCGCCUGAAGCAUGAGGCUGAGACCAUCCCACGGAGUGCCGAGCACGAGCGCAAGAAUCCAGUGGCCUUGUAUAUCCUCAAGGACAAGGACUCUCCGGAGGCAGAGGAGGACUCGGCACCG